AUGGCACUUUCAGUUGUUGCUUCUUCUUCUUCUUGUUCUCAAGCAUCUCUCACUCAUCAAUACGAUGUCUUUAUCAGCUUCAGAGGCGAGGACACCCGCAACAGCUUCACCAGCCAUCUUCAUUCUGCUCUCUGCAGAAACCAGAUUGAGACGUUCAUAGAUUACAGAAUCCAAAAAGGAGGAGCCAUCUGGAACGAACUUGUUGAGGCCAUUAGAGACUCAAACUUGUUUCUUGUUAUCUUCUCUGAGAAGUAUGCUUGCUCAAAGUGGUGCUUGAGAGAGCUGGUGGAGAUCAUGGAAUGCAAGAAGAAGAAUGAAAAUGUGAUUGUGAUUCCAGUGUUCUACAGAAUACAACCCACGCAUGUUCGCAAGCAGACUGGAAGUUACCAGAAAGCAUUCGCUGAGCACGAGAGAUCUUUGGAGCGUAGCGUUGUGCAGCAAUGGAGGACUGCACUCUUUGAAGCUUCCGAUCUUGCUGGCUUCCACUGCGAUCACCACAGGGAUGAUGAAGCUAAGCUAAUUAGUGAGAUUGUAAAAGCAAUUUUGCCACAUUGUCUGAAGAACAAGUGCUUCAUAGAUGGACUCAACAGACCUUUUAUUUGUAACACAAACUAUAUCCGCGUUGAAUCUUUGAUGAGACGCUCGAUGGAGGAGGUUCUUGUGAUUGGAAUUUGGGGUAUGGGCGGUAUUGGUAAGUCAACCAUUGCUGAGGCUCUCUUCAAUAAGUACUCUUCUGAAUAUGAAGGCUCUUGCUUCUUGUCAAAUUCAAGAGAAUUAGGAAAGCCAUGUCUCAGUGACAUAUGCAGCAGACUUCUUUCCCAAUUAUUAAACCAAGAUCUUCAUACUACCAAUAUUGGAGUACUAGACUCUCGCACUCAAAGUAAACUCAAGAAGAAGAGGGCUUUGAUUGUACUGGAUGAUGUGGUUGAUUCGCCAAUUGCAACUGAUUUGGUUCCAUGUUUGCGUACUUGCCUAUGUUCUGGCAGCAUAGUCAUUUUGACAACAAGGGACAGGAGUGUGCUUACAAGUGGAGGAGUUGAACAAAUUCAUGAAAUCAAGCAAAUGAGUAAUGGAGACUCCCAUGAACUUUUUAGCCAUUAUGCCUUUUCUGAUCCGCAUCCCAAAGCAGGGUAUGGUGAGCUAACAGCUAGAGUCAUAGAUUAUGCUAACGGCAUUCCAUUGGCUUUGAAAAUUUUGGGAUCAUUUCUUCGCGGCAAAAGUGUAGCUGAAUGGGAUAGUGCAUUGAAAAAAUUAAGGAAGUAUCCCCAUGCAGAUAUUCAGAAGGUGUUGAGGUUGAGUUAUGAUGCAUUAGAUGAUGUUGAAAGAAAUAUCUUUUUAGAUGUUGCAUGCUUUUUCCACGGGCAUGAAAUAGAGGAAACGACAAGAAUAUUAAAUUCUUGUGAUUUCUUUGCAGAUAUAGGGAUAAAAAGUCUAUUGGACAAGUCUCUUAUAAGUAUUUAUUCAAAUGGUGAUUAUAAAUACAUAAAAAUGCAUAGUUUGAUACAGGAAAUGUGUUGGAAAAUCAUUCAUGAAGAAUAUAGUAAAAAUAGUGGUCAACAAACAAGACUGUGGAAUACCGAAGAAGUCUGUAAUAUUUUCCAAGAUGAAAGAGAUAUUCAUGGAGUUGAAAGCAUGAUUGCGGAUAUGAAUCAAAUUACAAUAGAUCCAUGUUUAAUCCUCAUUGCAUUAAGGAAGAUGCCAAAGUUAAGGUUACUUGCUUUAAGAGGAAAUAUCAACAUAGAUCUUGAACGGAACAGAGUGCUUCUAGAAGAUUUUCAACUUCCUAAUGACUUAAGGUAUAUUGAGUGGAAUAAAUGUCCACUUAAGUUUGUGCCGUCUAUUUGUUGGCCUCAAAAACUUGUUCAGCUUUCCAUGCGAGAUAGCAAUGUUCAAAAACUUUGGGAUACAGUUCAGGUGUAA